AGCAGUUUGCUUGUAGCAAUAUAGCCGAACCGAUUUUCGUUUUUCUUCAAUCGACCCCUUGCCGAAGAAACGCGGCUACGCUCUCCAAACUGGCGUGUCAUGGCUUCUACGCCGAUGGUCCUCGACCCGAAGCCCACUCCGACGCCGGCAGAUCUUCCACCAGCGAGCUUUUCUGCUGUGCGGACGGACGCAAUCCUCUCUGGUGACGAGGAGGAGGAUCUAUAUGGCCGCCUCAAAUCCCUCCAGCGACAGCUCGAGUUCAUCAACAUCCAGGAAGAAUACGUCAAAGAUGAGCAUAAGAACCUAAAACGGGAGCUACUUCGGGCGCAGGAGGAGGUCAAGCGGAUCCAGUCCGUGCCACUCGUCAUCGGCCAGUUCAUGGAAAUGGUUGAUCAAAACAACGGCAUCGUCGGGUCAACCACUGGAUCAAACUACUAUGUUCGAAUUCUCAGCACCAUUAACCGUGAGCUGCUUAAGCCGUCUGCGUCUGUUGCUCUCCACCGACAUUCUAAUGCCCUUGUCGACGUACUACCGCCUGAGGCCGAUUCCAGUAUUUCUCUCCUCAGCCAGUCGGAGAAACCAGACGUAACGUACAACGAUAUUGGUGGUUGUGAUAUUCAGAAACAGGAAAUUCGUGAAGCUGUCGAGUUACCCCUUACACAUCACGAAUUGUACAAGCAAAUAGGCAUUGACCCACCUAGAGGUGUUCUUCUUUAUGGUCCUCCUGGUACUGGGAAGACCAUGCUUGCUAAAGCUGUGGCUAAUCAUACGACUGCUGCUUUUAUUAGAGUAGUUGGCUCAGAGUUUGUUCAAAAGUACUUGGGUGAGGGACCGAGGAUGGUUCGGGAUGUAUUCCGCCUUGCUAAAGAGAAUGCACCUGCAAUUAUAUUUAUAGAUGAGGUGGAUGCCAUUGCUACUGCACGUUUUGAUGCACAAACUGGAGCAGAUAGGGAAGUUCAGCGUAUUCUUAUGGAGCUCCUGAAUCAGAUGGAUGGUUUUGACCAAACAGUUAAUGUAAAAGUCAUAAUGGCAACUAACCGUGCUGACACUUUGGAUCCUGCCCUUAUACGUCCUGGUAGACUUGAUCGGAAAAUUGAGUUCCCUCUACCUGAUAGGCGGCAGAAAAGGCUUGUUUUUCAGGUCUGCACUGCAAAAAUGAAUCUUAGUGACGAGGUUGAUUUGGAAGACUAUGUUUCUAGACCUGAUAAGAUUAGUGCAGCUGAGAUCGCAGCUAUUUGUCAGGAAGCUGGGAUGCAUGCCGUCCGAAAAAAUCGUUAUGUCAUCCUUCCCAAAGACUUUGAGAAAGGCUACCGAACUAAUGUGAAGAAGCCUGACACAGACUUUGAUUUCUACAAGUAAAAGCCCUAGGGCACAUGGCUUCAUACUUAAUGGAACGGGAAGCGUUGUUACUGUACUCAGAAUUUUAUCAAACAGUUUUUAAAGCUUCGAACCUACUGUAGCACUGUAUGCUACAAUAUGCAUGGACGAACAUCUCUGGAGCCUGGUAAAAUUUAAUACUCUUUGGGUAGGAAUCAGAUUUAAACUUCCUUGUGUAGAAGUGAACUUUCUAGAAAUGAUUGUUAUUAGUUCUUUUAUCCA